GUUUUCGGGCGGACUAUAAAACCUCCCCUCCCCUCCGCGACCUUACACCUCUCUCCCCCAGCGUCUCCAGCACAGAAGCGGCGGCGGCGGAGGCGAGGGCGCGAGGGAGGUAGAGGAGGAGCGCCAGACAUGGUGCACGUCAACUUCUACCGCAAUUAUGGUAAGACAUUCAAGAAACCAAGACGUCCUUAUGAGAAGGAGCGUCUUGAUGCUGAACUGAAGCUUGUGGGUGAGUAUGGACUGAGGUGUAAGCGUGAGCUGUGGAGGGUCCAGUAUGCCCUGAGCAGGAUCCGUAAUGCUGCAAGGCACUUGCUAACAUUGGAUGAAAAGAACCCCCGCCGCAUCUUUGAGGGUGAGGCGCUUCUCCGCCGCAUGAACCGCUAUGGGCUGCUUGCAGAGGGUCAGAACAAGCUUGAUUACGUCCUUGCCCUGACUGCUGAGAACUUCCUUGCGAGGCGUCUUCAGACUCUCGUCUUCAAGGCUGGCAUGGCCAAGUCCAUUCACCAUGCGCGUGUCUUGAUCAGGCAGCGCCACAUCAGGGUUGGCAGGCAGAUUGUUAAUGUCCCAUCAUUCAUGGUGAGGGUUGAGUCUGAGAAGCACGUCGACUUUUCACUGACUAGCCCAUUUGGUGGAGGCCCCCCAGGCAGAGUGAAGAGGAAGAACAGCAAGAAGGCAAGUGGUGGCGGUGACGGUGGUGGUGAUGAGGACGAAGAGUGAGGAUGAACCAGUAGCCUUUAUUGCCUAAUGUUAUGUAGUCAUCAUAAAAAUGUUUUAUGUUAUGAGUUCUUAGUUGAGUGGCCCGAUACUCAGCCCCGUGCUGGAUCGUGCCGCAGGUUUUUCAUCCAGACAGGAUUUUCUACCGUUUUAUCUCGUUACUAGCCUCUAUAUGUUUAAUCUUGUUGCGGUUUAAUGUGGUUUCAGACUA